AUAAACCCUCUAGACAAUCGCCGAAAACACACACACACACACGGAGUAGCUGAAGCAAAGAGGGAAAAAGAUGGGAGUACAAAAGGAAAUCCUCGCAGCCGGAACCGGCCCCAAACCGGCCGCUGGUCAGGACGUCACCGUCCACUGCACCGGUUUUGGCAAAGAUGGGGAUCUUUCUCAGAAGUUCUGGAGCACGAAGGACCCCGGGCAGAAACCAUUCACCUUUAAAAUUGGCCAAGGAACCGUCAUUAAAGGUUGGGAUGAAGGUGUGAUGGGAAUGCAGGUGGGAGAAGUUGCUCGGUUAACGUGCUCUCCGGACUAUGCUUAUGGUACCAGUGGAUUCUCAGCAUGGGGUAUUAAGCCCAACUCUGUUCUGGUUUUUGAGAUUGAAGUUCUGAGUCUGAAAUAGAUUCGUAUUUGGAGAUGGCAAUCAUCUGAGUAUUCGUCUGCGUAAUUUCAGUAUUGUGGGUUGUAUCGUAAUUUCAGUAUUGUGGGUUGCAUCGACUAGUACUUAUUGGAUAUUGUCAAACUUUUUGUGGGGCACUUAUGGUUGCUGAAUUUAUCUGCGAUGAAAUAAAUAAUUCCCUAGCAA